UCAAAGCGCUCUCCAUUUUAUGUCCAUAUUAAAUGUGUUCCUCCUGCUGGCAGAAAACUUAGCGACGACAUGAAUGAGAGGGAAACUGUUAUUAUUACAGGGUUUGGGCCGUUCAGACAGUUCCUAGUAAACCCCAGCUGGAAAGCAGCGCAGGAGCUACAGUUGGUCGGGCUGGGAGAGAGGAUCGAUGUUUACAUCAAGGAGAUACCAGUGAGUUACGAUGCAACCCGUCAGAUAAUUUCGGAACUUUGGCAAACUCUUAAACCAAAGUUUGCUGUUCAUCUGGGCGUUGCCAGAAGUUCCAGCGUUAUUGUGGAGCAAACUGGGAAGAACAGCGGAUACAGAGACAGAGAUGUAUGCGGGUUUUGCCCUGAGAGUAACUUCUGCAUCGAAGGUGGGCCAGAAAAACUGGACUCUGUUGUCAACAUGAGAGCUGUGUCGAAAUGCUUCAAACGAGCAGGAAUGGAUGUGAUAUAUUCAAGAGAUGCUGGCAGAUACCUGUGUGAUUUUGCAUAUUACUGUUCACUAUAUCACAGUCAGCGGAGAGCAGCCUUCAUUCACAUACCCUCAUCUGGCAGCCUUGCAUCACCUGACACACUGGUACCCAUUCUGCAGGCCCUCAUUCUCACAAUGCUCCAGCAUUUGGAGGACACUAAACAGCACGAAGAGCAGCACCCCCCACUAAGGCAGAUUCUCAUCUAGCAGAUGUUUAAUACCACAAAGCAGACACUAUGCCACUGCUAUGAAAAAUAAAUUGCAACAUGCAAGAAAAAACAGAUGAAGCAAUCUCUUGUUCUCAUUUAUUUAUUUUAAAAAUUCAGAAAAAAAGUAAAAUACAAGAAAUUUUCAGAUACACGUUUAGAGACGGCAUGUCAAAAAUACACCAUCUCAGUUAUAGGUGUGAAAAAACUUUGAGGCCUCAGAUACAGAGCUUUAAAGAAGACAGUCUAGUGAAAUUAUUUUGAUUUUUUUUUCUCCCCCCCCCCAUCAAGUUAUGAACACGUAGAUUCUGCGAAAGCAUUAUAAGAUAAUAGUAGUAGACAAAGGCCCCUUAGAAGGUGUAGGAAUGCAAAUCAUAAAAACAGACAUGAUAAACCUCAAACCUAUUAUUGCUGGGAGAUGCACGGACGCAUCCCCCAUAAACCUGACAUUUGCAUGUAGAACAUUCUUAAAAGAAAUAAGUGAUGAAGAUGUCUAAAUGGAGUGUAGUUAUUGUAUAUUUAUGCUGGAAGUCUAAGGUAAUGCAAAAAAAAGCAACUAGUGUUGAAACUGUAAACUAUCAACUUUUUCUAAUUGUGUUGUUUACUUAUCAUGACUACCCGUAAUCUAUGCAACCUGUCAUUAUAUCUCCAUGUGUUUAUUGACACUGCUGUAUUUUUGACAGGUUUGUGAUCUAAAAGUAACUAGUAGUUCACCUCACAGCAGAUCAAUGUCUCCUCUCAGAACUGGAAAGCUGAAAUAUGUCAGGAUACAUGUAAACUGGAGUUUUCAGGUCAGUGGUGAUUUCUGUACCAAUGUGAUAUUCAGCAGCUAUCAAACAGUUUUUAACAAAAAAAAAUUGCACCUUUCUUUUUUUUUAUUUUAUUCUGUUCUUUUUUAAACCUUAAGUCAAACACAAAUAUGAUUCAGAAGUACCUCGACUGAACACCCAAAGUUCAAAUUUUGAGUUAUCUGGUUCCCUACUCAACUUUCCAUUUUUAUUGCUUAAGGAUAUUUACUUGAAUGCAAAUUUUUACUGUCAGUCUGCCAACCCUUGCACUGAUGCAAUGUUAACUGCUCAGAGCUUUUUCUAAAAAAAAAAUAAAAUAAAUUACAGCUGAGAUUUUA